AUGCGGUCUUUGUCAAGACAGAUUCUUUCUUUAAUGAUGAUCACAAUUAUCUGUGUCAGAGUUGCAAGUUCAUGUGUCGGUGACAAAGAUUGUAAAGGGGAUCAGCGGUGUUUCAAGGGCACUUGCAGAAAACCAGAAAAUCUAGAUCAAUGUACCAAGCCUAGCGACUGCCAUGAAGAUGCCGUAUGCCAUCGAGAAAAGUGCCAUUGCAGGGGACACACAGUAGGGGGAGGAUUUGAUUGCAAAGCCUCUCUUCCAUGUCCAAAAGAAUACCAUUGUGACUCUAACGCCCUGUGUGUUGUUGAUCCCAAGUAUCCCAAGAAUCCAUACUGCAGAUGUCAUCUGGAUUUUAAGAAGUCUAAUGAUGGUACUUGUGUAGAAAUGAAUGAGUGCGAGAAGAUAGGCAACCCGUGUUCUGGCCGACGAGGAUGUAAGCAAGUGGAUGGCAACUAUGGUUGCUUCUGUAUGGAUGGUUUCACUGAGGUUUUGGAUAAAUAUGAAACAAUUUGCAAAGAUAUAGACGAAUGUAAGAGCCCGGACACAUGCCCAGCUAACUCUCACUGCACAAACACGGAGGGUGCUUUUAAAUGUGAUUGUAAGGCAGGAUUCCAGAAGACUGCUGACGGAGUUUGCGAGAUGGAAUGUGCUUGCCUUCCAAAUGGAGAAUGCAAUGAUGAAGGAAGAUGCUCUUGUUUUCCUGGAUAUUUUGAAUAUAGGAAAGGACAAUGCGAAGACAUAAACGAAUGUGCUGCUGACGAGUCUCCCUGCACUGAUGAUGGCACUGAAUGUAGAAACCACCGAGGGUGGUUUUCUUGUCCCUGUAAACUAGGAUUUGUGAAGAGAUAUGAUAAAUGUGUUGAGGAAGAAGAGGAGGAAUGUAAUUGCGCAGAGAAUGAAGAGUGUUAUCACGGAGAAUGCAUAGAUAUAAGUCUCCUAUACGGUUCAAGCCACUCAGCACACGUUUCAAGUCAACUAAGUGCAUACGUCUUUACACUGAUUGGGCACCUGGCCUUCAGUGCAUGA